GGUUGCACUAGUUCAGAGUUUAUCUUUUUCCCUUUAUAUUGGAAGAAAAAAGAUAAACUCUGAACUAGUGCAGCCAAUUCAGCAUAAAGAACAGAUCUAUGAUAUAAUCCUCGAGUGGUGCAAGCAGAUUAUGUCAAAAAAUACGCGUGAGAACGAAUUGCUGGCAGAAAUUACAGAGUUGCGUGCAUUAUUACAUAGGAAAGAGACUGAAUUAAUUCAUUUGCGACGCGAGAAACAAAUCACGCAGGAAUAUGGUUUGAAUAAUGAUGAGAUUAACAGAUAUAGCCGUCAGCUUCUUUUGACAGAAAUUGGUGUGCAAGGUCAAAAAACGAUAAAGGAUAGUUCUGUGCUUAUCGUAGGAGCUGGUGGUCUUGGUUGUCCUGCAGCAUUGUAUUUGGCAUGUGCUGGGCUUGGUCAUAUUGGCAUAGUUGAUUAUGAUAAUGUUGAAAUAAACAAUCUUCAUAGGCAAUUAUUAUACACAGAAACCAGUGUUGGUACUGCCAAAGUGACUGCAGCAGCAGAAAGUAUUAAUCGGUUAAAUAGUUAUAUCAAAGUCACUCCGUAUAAAAUCCAGCUAGAUAGUGAGAACGCUUUGGAUAUCAUAAAGAAUUAUGAUGUUGUAAUAGAUGCUACGGACAAUGUAGCCACUCGUUAUUUGUUAAAUGAUGCAUGUGUCUUGAGUGGGAAACCGUUAGUCUCUGGAUCAGCUCUGCGAUUUGAAGGACAUUUGUCGGUAUUUAAUUAUAAGGGCCCUUGCUACAGAUGUAUAUUUCCUGAGCCUCCACCACCAGAAACUGUAACAAAUUGUGGAGAUGGAGGUGUUCUUGGUGCAGCUGUUGGAACAAUUGGCGUACUGCAAGCAUUGGAAACAUUAAAAAUAAUACUUAAUAUCCCCGAUGUACUUUCCGGACGACUUUUGUUAUUUGAUGGAAUAAAAACAAAAUUCCACAAUGUAUGUUUGCGUCCAAAAAAUGCAGAUUGUGCGAUUUGUGGAGAACAUCGUAUUAUAUGUAAAUUAAUUGAUUAUGAAGAAUUUUGUGGUGCAAAGGCGAAUGACAAAGAGAUUAAUUUGGAUUUACUGAAGAAAGAGGAAAGAAUAUCAGUCGAAGAAUAUAAUCAAAUCAUAAAAGAUGAUUUAAAAUCUCAUAUAUUGAUCGAUGUACGUUCACCUGAAGAAUAUCAAAUUUGUCACUUGCAGCAUUCGAUUAAUAUUCCUUUUACGCAACUUCACAAGGACCGGAGCUUAAAAUUAAUAAGAGAUAACAUAAAGAAGAUUGAGAAAAGGCAUAUACAUGGUCCAACAGACAUGUAUCUUCUCUGUAGACGGGGUAAUGAUUCGCAAAAGGCUGUGCAAUAUUUGAAAACGUUACUUGCUGAAGAUACCUUAAGAAUAAAAGACAUAAUUGGAGGUAUACAUGCUUGGAGUAAGAAAAUUGAUUCAACAUUUCCUAGAUAUUGAAAUUAUAAAGGAUAAGAAUGAAAAGGAAAAUGAGGAAGGAAAAGAAUGUAAUUUUUGUUAAUGUAACAUCUUUGUAAAUAAAUAUAUUUUUGACUUUGAA